AUGCCAAUUAAUAGAUCACCGCCUUCGCAUACCGGAGGCACAAACCACUCACCCAUAUGCUACCCAACAGCAGAUGGUAGUUCUGAGAAGCCAACCACGAACCAAACAACAAUGCUAAACAACCAAACCCAAAGGCAACGCUCAUACUCGGUAAGUGAAAAUUCUUGCAAACAAUCAAGCUACCAACCGCAAAGUCCAGCAACAUCUUCGAAAAAUAACACAGCAUCAGCGCAACAUAUUAACAUAUUGCCAAAUAUAUUGCAAAAGAAUAGUAACAUAGCAAAAAAUCCUGAUUCACCCAAAGUCCGUGGCAUGGAUAAAUAUAUUCAAAUCAUAAAAAGAAAACGUAGCCCGAAACAAGAAAAUGCUAACAAUGCAAUCUCGACAGAAACUCGAAAAAUAGAAAAUAUUUCGACAGCGAAUCGUUUUGCCGUUCUAGCCGAAGAUAAUAAAAAUACCAGUCCCACCCCUACCCAGAAACCGCCACCCAUAUUUCUGCGUGAAAAAAAUUCAAACGCUCUUAUAUACUCCCUAACACAAAGUAUUGGCAAAGAUUCAUUCCAUGUUGUGCCUCUUCGUAAAGGAAAUGUCGAUGAAACAAAAAUCUCGAUCAACGAAGAAAAACAUUACAGAGCAGUUGUAAACAACUUCGAAAAAAAUGGAAAAAAUUUUUACACCUAUCAAUUAAAAAGUGCCAAAGGAUUAACAGUGGUUAUAAGAGGAAUAGAACCAGAUUUGAAUACAGCAUAA